CAGAUAAAAUCGGCUUUCCGCGAAAAAGCGAGAAAGUUUCACCCGGAUAAGAUGUGUGCGGCAGGAGAAGCGGAGCCAUUCAUCAGGAUAAGAAAAGCCUAUGAAAUUCUGUCAGACGAAACUUCGCGGUCGAACUAUGAUCGGUCUCUG